AUGCUGUGUCUUCUGCGCCGCGCGCGCCUCCUCACCCCGUCCCUCCCGUCCUCGCAUCAACCUCUCAGCAGCACAGCACUCACCCUGCAGCGCGCGAUGCCCACGCGUCCCAGACACCCUCCCGAUUGCGACCUUGAAGAGUCGUACCUCAAAGGCAGCGGGCCCGGCGGUCAAAAAAUUAACAAAACCAACUCGGCCGUGCAACUCAAACACAUACCGACCGGCAUCGUCGUCAAGUCGCAGGCGACGCGCUCGCGCGCGCAGAACCGCAAGCACGCGCGGGAUAUUCUCGCCCAGCGCCUGGAUGACUUGGAGAAUGGGCCCGAGAGUCGCGCGGGCAUCGUCGGCGCCGUCAGGAAGAAGAGGGCCGACAGCGCGGCCAAGAAGAGCAGGCGCAAGUAUAAAAAGCUGGACGAGGAAAGGGAGCAGCAGCAGCAGCAGCGGGUGACGGGGGCGGCAGAGGAUGGGCUUGGAGAUGGGAUAGCGACAAUUGAUACCACAUCUAGAUCAUAG